ACUCUCUCCUCUUAUCUGGCUGUACCCCUAUCUAGGUCAGUGACGAUCGCCGGCCAGGGAGGGCACUGCGGGCUGGUAUAAAGUAUUUUCGUCUCGGCGUGUGUACAUGACAAGGAUCACAACAAAUGGUAUGAAAAUAUGAUAUCACUAGUCCGCUCCUGACUGGCACGGCCGCACAGUAGCCCAGCCUCCUGGAAUAUAUACCCUCACCCUGUUCUACAGCUGCUCCUGUUCUACAGCUGCGAGGGUAUUCAACAACGCCUGUGGACUAUACCGCUCACUGUGUCGGCAGGUCGGGAUACAGAACAGAAUUAAGGCGGAAGGAAACCGUCAAAUACCAGAAAUUAUUUCACUGACAUGUACAGUGAUCAGCCCAACAUGGCGUCUGGUGUCACAGAAACCAACAACGCUACUGUCGUUACUGACAUCAAAGAGAUACCUCUGGGUGUACGGUUGGCGGGAGAAUUUACACUGUCGGGGAGAACUGUAAGGCUGGAGCUGAUCGACUCUGGUCUCACCUGGAAAGGUCAAGGUCAAACUACAGACUGUCAUGUCGACUGGGAUGACGUCAUCACUGCCUACUUGGGUGGGCUCUCCCGGGGGCCGGGCGUGAAGGCGAGGGUGGGAGUGGCGCCGGAGGAGGACAGAUUUACCCUACAUUACAUAGAACAUCAGAAGAUCAACAUCCUCAGACACAAACACGUUACGUUUAUCGGAGAGGCGGGACAGCUGAAGGAAUGGCUGGACAGUGUAGCAGAUAAAACUGGUCGUGGUCGCCCCAAAUGUCUGCUGACUCUGGUGAACCCCAUCGGGGGACAGAAGAAAGGAGCAAAGCUGUACGAGGCUAUUGUUCGACCACUUUUUGAACUGGCGGGAAUUGACGCCAAGCUUAUAAUCACAGAACGAUUCCGCCAUGCAGAAGAAAUAGCUAAAACAUAUGACUUCUCCAACGUGGACGGGUUGAUUGUGUCCGGGGGCGAUGGGUUGUUCCAAGAGGUUCUACAUACGUUAAUCCCCCGCUAUAACGAGGGGGUAGACCUUGAUGACCCAGAUGCAGAACUGAAACCUUUACCUUUCGCACUUGGCACUCUACCUACAGGAACAGGCAAUGGAAUCUCUAUGGCGUGUCACGGAUGCACGGACUUGGAGACAGCGGCACUGGUAGCCGUCAGAGGGAAGAAACACUACAUGAAUGUCAUCAGUGUUCACGAAUACCCUGGCUCCCUGAUAGGAUAUGCUGGUGUUGCCCUUGCCUAUGGAUUCUGGUCUGACCUGCUGAUUAAGACGGACGACAGUCGCUGGCUCAAGACGCUUCGUUACCAAGUGAGUAUGGUGAAGAGUAUAGCCUCUAAGAAACGUGAGUUCAAGGUCGAGGGGGAGUAUCUGCCUGCAACCAGACCAAGCAAAGAUGUCCGCGCUGGUGAAGAUGUGCCUAAAGGAGCUGACUCAGAAGGUUGGAUGAAGUUUUCCGGCACGUAUACCGGCAUUUACGGAAUGCUUGCUGGCUUCCACCGAGUGGCCGACCAGGACAAGCUGCAGAUGAACCAGCAAGGCGCCGGGAUCAACAUGCUACUGGAGAAACAGACAGGGUCACUAGCUUACAUGAAGUGGCUGUACAAGUUCCAGAACAUGAACAAUAUGGUGUACAACGCAGAGCAUAUAGAGGAGCACUAUGUGAAGGGAUACAGGUUCCGUGUAGUGGAGUCGGAGACAGAAGAGACUCAGGCUGCGACUGAGAAGAGAGAUGAACUUGAGCGCGUCAUCAGCUUCGAGGGAGAGUUCCGUCCCACCAAGUCCAAGUCAAUGGAUGUCAGAGUUCGGUCAAGGUUACUAGAAUUCUAUGCCACAGACUACGAGUAUUGGUAACAUCUCUACUACGACUAAAGCAUGGUUGUCACGGGGGCAGACAGAGAGUAACAUGGACAGGAGCGAGUGCAUAUACUUCAUAACAUUAUUGGUCGCAAUAUAGUGAGCUGUGAAUGUAAGAAUGUAGAACCGGCCUAUGUCACCUGUAUGUAUCAAGGUAUAUUCAGUAUGGAGUAUUCAUGCUGAUGUAUUUCGAAUUGUUGCACCAACGAUUUAUUUGAUAAUCCGCUUCAACAAGUGACGUCAGUGUUGUCACUUGAACCAUUGCCACAGGAGAACGUAAUCUUGCAUGUGUAACAACCCAAGUCAUUCUAGAUAGAUUCAGCGAUACUAAUGUCGGCUACUAAACCGCUUGUGUAUAUACUGAUUGUACAAUCUCUGUGUUCAAGCAAUAAGACCUGUAUAUUUCCGUUACAUCCUUGUUAUAAAAAACAUCAUACACAUUGAUUUAUCA